UUACGUUGGUACGACUACCCGACUCACAACUGUAUGAUUAACGGGUGAAUUGUUAUUUUCGGUUUGGAUUCACCUGUGUUUUUAGGUGCCAAUAUGUUCAAGUGGAUAAAGCAAUACCGGGGUUUCCUCUGAAUAUCAAUGUCAGUUUUUCUGUACAGAUCGAAGGCUCGCCUGACAUGGUGGACGCUUAUGGUUUGUAUCACACACGUCAGAUAAGAGCCACGGUAUCUUAUUGUUGCAUUUUGUCUGUUGAAUAUAGAUAAGCCUCUGUUAUUUCCAAUAAUGAGCACUAUAGUAGAUCAUCUACAUUUCAUAAAUCCAUGUGAUGAUGAAACACGAAUGCUCAUUUGGCAGAGAGGCUUGAAAGAAGCUACGAUGGAGUUGGAGCAGAAGGAAUGUAACCUAGUUACAACUGAUAGCCAGCUCAAAUCCUUUGCAAAACUUCGGCAUAAGUUGUUAUUAAGAUCACCAAAAGUGGUGCAUACCAUAAGGUCACGAAAGUUGCUUGAAAUCACCGAUAGCCUUCUUCAUUUUCAAAUCCAUGUUCCAUCCGAUGAAUCCCCUGAUGAUGUUUACAAACGGGCGUUACCAACACUGUUAACAGAGGGACUAACAAAGGACAAGUUGGAGUCAAUCUUCAUCGACUGUGAUAAGGCAUGUUUCACGUUGACGAAUUAUUCGGCGUACCCAAUAAUGAUGACGGCAUCUCAAGGUAACUCACGAAAGGCCCUAGACUGGCUUUUCUGUAACUAAUGUUUACAAGGAACAGAACAUUCGAACGCAACAAACGCCAUAACUUCAGUUGCUGUUGCCAUCGAUAUCCAAUGCUAUAAUUUGUGCGU